CAGAGUCAGCUGUCAUUCAACACCUGAGCCACCGCAGAGCAGAAUGACCAUAUAUGGGGGAAAGAUUUGAUAAACAGUCACAGAUGAGGCCAGUUAGGAAGCAGGUACUGUGUAGGUAACACAUCAACCCAAGGACACCCCCCCUUCCAGUCCCGCCCACCACUCACACCCCACACCCCAUUUUCAACAUGGCAUCCAGUCAGGACUGGAGCAGUCUCCCAGAGCACGUCGUGGUCAAGAUCUUCACCUGUCUGACUCUGGGUGACCGCUACAACGCUGCCUUGACCUGCAGGGACUGGCUGCACUGCUUUAGUCUGCCCUACCUGUGGAGGCACUUCGAUUACUACUUCUACACCAAGUCCCAGGAGAGACUGGUCAAGUCGGUCCAGUUGUACGGUCAGUCUAUGAAGUCUGUCUACAUAGAGCUUGACCAGGGAGAGGCAGAGAAUAGGGACAAUGCGUGUAAGGUGCUAACAGGCCUUGCAAAGUUACCACACAGGAGGCUGCAGCGGAUUAGAAUUAAAUGUACCGGGGAGAACCCAUUGUUUUAUGUCGGUCAGGAAUUUAAGGAGGCUCUGACUGACCUGUUUGGUCAAGUUGCUAAUGGCCAGGGUCUGUCUAAUCAGUUAUUGGAGGUGGACCUCAGCGGACUGCCAGUGGCUUACGACGACAGUGUAUUUGACGUUCUGUCACAGAAUCACCCCAACCUAGAAAGAUUGAAUAUACUGAACAGUAUAUUGGUUUGCAAAGUCACACCACAGUGCGUGCUACGUCUAGUGACACGCUGUCGCAAGCUGAAGGAGAUUCAGGUCUUCUACAGCAGCAUGUCUGAGGAUAUCCUGGAGGCUUUCACAGAGGGGAACCGCAUCCCGCUACAACAUCUCUCCAUGAAGUGCAGGAGGGAGGAGAAAUAUGGACGGGAUUUAUCGGACGAUAUGUGGAAGAGAGUAGUGCAGGCGCUUCCGGAUUUACAUGUUACUCUGGCUUUUGACAAUACGUGUCCGUUGCAUAAAGUAAGCCAGAUCAUGAACCCACAAAUUCCAGUCUCUGUAUUACGUCUUGAGACGUUCACGCGUAUAUACGAGGAAGUCAAUCUUGCUACAGAUUUUUACCAUGAUAGCUUGGAAAAGCUAGUACUUCAGACGCGACCUUCAGCAGAACUGAACAAAGCUUUACUGCGAUUAUCUUCGUGCUGCCCAAAGUUGCGUGCGCUGCAUGUGUUUUGCGUGCUCGACCGUGCUUGUAUUGAGAAAAUCCACGCAGAUCAUCCUAUUUUAAAGGAGAAAGGUUCGUAUACACUGAAGGAUACAAUGGAGCCACAUCCCUGGAUCUCUGGCAGGGAUUGCUAGAUGUUUAUUUUGGAUAAUUAUUAACAGGAAGAUCUUCAGAUUCCAAAACAUCAUUUAGCAAAGUCUGUUAAGGGAUAAGGAUUCCAUGUGAGGUCAGAGGAAAUUUGAAGACUACUUAUACUUGAUCCAGUAAUAUUUGUAGGCUUUGACUUUUCCAGUAAAAUUAAAUAUAUGCAAAGUGUUUAGGCUAAAAAAAUGUAAAUUCUGUGAUGGCUUAAGCGUGCAAUAUUUUCCAGUGUCACUUAAUGAUUUUUAUACUUUUGAUUAUUGAUUUACUAUUUUAGAUACUAAUCCAUAGCGCAUAUAGAUAUAAUCAUUUCUUUUUUCUUUGGAAGCUGAUGAGAUAUACACAUACAGUGCUUUAAGAUAACUAUUUACUAUUAAGAUAAGAUCAUUUCUCAAGUAUACAUGUCAGCGGACUUUUGUUAGACAUGUUUAGAAUUUCAGACCAGGAGAAAGUUACCAUGAAAUUAAUUAAUGAAAUUAUUUAAUUAAAAUACAAUUUGAUAACUUGAUUUCUUUGUUUAAAAUGAAAAA